AUGUUGUCCGCAUUCACCGCGCGGCCACUGGUCGAGCUCAAGCCGCGCGACAAGUCCAAGAUCGACUCAGUGCUAGCCUAUGGCGAUCGACUGCUUGCGGGACUCAGCAAUGGCACCCUCCGCAUCUACCGCGUCUCGGAUGACGGCACUACGACCGAGCUGCUGCGGGAGCUGGAAAAGUUCGCCCGCUACAAGAUCGAGCAGCUAGCCCUGGUGAAGGAAGCCCAUGUUAUCGUUUCGCUGUCCGGCGGCUUUGUCUCGCUGCAUGACUCGCAGUCCUACGAGCUGCAGGAACAGCUGGCGCAGACGAAGGGUGCCUCGGCUUUUGCGAUUACCUCGAAUGUUGUGAAUGACCCCGAUACGAAUGUCCCUGCGAUCGUUUCUAGACUGGCCGUUGCGGUGAAGAGGAAGAUCCUGAUGUGGGUCUGGCGAGAUAUGGAGCUUGAGCCUGAUACAACGGAAGUCGCCCUUGUGAGUGGCAUCAAGACGCUUACUUGGGCUUCUGCCACCAAGUUGGUUGUUGGGCUGGCAUCGGGCUAUGUCAUGGUAGAUGUUCAGUCUGGUCAACUCACUGACUUGCCGGGCCCUGGAAGCAUGGAAGAGCCAGGGCGGUUUACCGGAGUCGGCGCGGCCAGCAUGAGCUACAUCGGCAUAGGCGGAGCUGGUCCUAAGCCUUUGGCAGCCAAGCUAGGUGAGGGACAGAUAUUGCUCGCGAAAGAUGUCAACACGCAUUUUAUCGAUGUUGAGGGCCAGCCUCUUGGUCGACGACAAAUCCCCUGGACUCAUGCCCCAGUGGAAAUAGGCUACUCGUAUCCAUUUCUAUUGGCUCUCCACGACAUUGCUAAAGGAGUCCUCGAAGUUCGAAAUCCAGAAACCUUGUCACUAUUGCAAUCCAUACCGCUACCCGCGGCGAGCAUCUUACAUAUUCCACAGCCGAACAUCAGCCUCGCUCAUGCUGGCAAAGGCUUCUUAGUGUCAAGUGAUCGAACCAUCUGGCGCAUGGAGGCCUUAAGCUAUGACACUCAGAUCGACUCCUUGGUGGAGAAAGGCUAUCUGGACGAGGCUAUUAGCCUGUUGGGAAUGCUAGAAGAUGCUCUUUUGAGCGACAAACCAGGACGACUGCGCCGGGCUCAGCUUGAAAAAGCGCAGAGCUUGUUCUCAUUGCACAAAUACCGCGAAUCUUUAGAUUUGUUCACCGAGGUUGCAGCCCCGCCGGAAAGCGUCAUACGCCUCUACCCUCCAAGGAUCGCCGGUGAGUUGUCCGCUGUCGAUCAGAAUGGUUCUGAUUCUCGGGGCUCGCCAAACCUCGAUGGUUCGCAGGCGGACGGGCCUGUUGAGCCUCACGCCGGCCUGAACGGCAACGCACCAUCCUUAUACUCCGCCUCUGUCAGGUCCCUGCUUCGCCGGACCGACGAGUGCAGCGAUUCAGGCAGUGUACGUGAUGAAGAAAAGGAUCUCAAGAACGCCGUCCGAGAGCUCCAGGGAUAUCUAGCAGACGUCCGUCGGCGAUUCCAAAGAUUCCUAGGUCAGGAUGGGACUCUCAAAGCACCUGUGCCCACAGAGGCUAAGGAUGAAGCCAGUGCUUCGGUUCUGAAGCUCCUAGACUUUCCGUCGUCUGAAGACUUUCUGGACGAGCUUCGCAGCAAGGCUCGUUUGGUUGAUACGACGUUGUUCCGCGCUCACAUGUAUGCCACGCCGUCACUAGCGGGGUCUCUAUUUCGGAUUGCCAACUUCUGUGAUCCCGAUGUGGUCAUGAAGCAACUCGAAGAGACGGGCCGCUAUAAUGAUCUCAUUGACUUCCUUUAUGGCAAAAAGCUACAUCAGCAGGCACUGCGCUUGUUACAGCGGUUUGGACAAGAGGAAUCAGGGCUGCUGGCUGGUCCAAGUCGCACUGUUGCGUACUUGCAGAACCUUCCACCUGACCAAAUUGACUUAAUACUGGAGUUUGCAAAAUGGCCCAUCCAGGCCAAUCAGGAGUUGGGCAUGGAAAUCUUCCUCACUGAUACUGAGAACGCCGAAACUUUACCACGUUCUCGGGUUCUAGACUUCCUGCUGGGUAUUGAUGCAAAUCUCGCCAUCCAGUAUCUGGAACAUGUCAUUCACGAGUGGAAUGAUAUGUCCCCCGAUCUGCAUCAACGUCUUCUACUUCUCUAUCUUGACCGUCUCGUGGCCGAAAAGGGUGACACUCAGACCAAACAGAAAUUUCUGGACAUGCUCAAAGAGAGCGAGCAAUACUCGCCUGCUAAGCUCCUGGACCGACUCAGCCGUGAUGAUCCCGAAUUCUACGAGGCCCGUGCUAUUGUGUUUAGCAAAAUGGGCCAGCACCGGCAGGUCCUUGAAAUCUAUGUUUUCAAACUCGAGGAUCAUGAAAAGGCCGAAGAGUACUGCAACCGAGUUCAUCUCGCCGAUUCCCAACACCAUCAAGAGCAGAACCAAGAGUCCGACCACUCGAUUUACCUCACCCUACUGUCGCUGUACUUGUCACCCCCUCACGGGCAUCCAGUCCAGAACGGCCCUGCGUUAGCAGUGCUUGCGAAGCACGGCUCGCGACUGCCAGCCGACGCAGCCCUCGGCCUCAUCCCGGCGAGCCUGCCCGUGCAGGAGCUCGAAUUCUAUUUUAAGGGUCGGAUGCGUGCAGCCAAUUCAGUCUUCAACGAAGCCCGUAUUGUCGCGAAUCUGCGCAAGACCCGAAGCAUGCAGGCGGAAGUUCAACUCGCACUCGGUGAGAACGUUCGUGGAGGUGGAACCCGGGCGCGUCAUGUUACGGUGACGGAGGAACGGGUCUGUGGGGUGUGUCACAAACGGUUGGGUGGAAGUGUGAUCAAUGUGUUCCCCGAUAACUCCGUCGUCCACUUGGGCUGUGCCAAGCGGGUCACCAGUGUUCGUUCCGGUUGA